GGGCUAACCAGCGCGUCAGGAUUAUCAGCAGAACCACGGGAGGUGGAGGGUGACUAGAAGAAUUGGGAAGGUGUCAAAUAACCAUUUAAUUCAACAUAACAUUUUUAUCAAAUAACCUCACGUCAACGUAUCGGUGUCUCCAGUACGCGUCCCACACGUUAAACCAUGUCAACCCCGGCUAGAAGAAGACUUAUGAGAGAUUUUAAACGGUAAGUCGAUGGUGAACAGUUUUGACGAUGCCGAAAAACAGCUAACAUUAGCCUAGCUUUCGUCGACUCGGCGCAGCUAACCAGUAUCCUUUUAAAUGUUAUUUUAGACAUGUAGAUACACAAGUAAACACUGACGUAAUUUAACUUGUUCUCUGUUUAGUGUUUAGUCAACAACUCUGAAUAUUACAGGGAUCAACUGUCGUUUACUGUCGGCUAGAAGCUAACACUGAUGUAUGCUAACAGGCUAGCCGACCAGCGUUGCUGUCACAGUUUAGGAUGUUAGCUGACUGUUUUAACUUGCCUGUGUUUAUGACUUGGAGCUGAAACAUAUGUUAUUCAUCGUAGCUUACAUGUACAAUUUGUGGAUUUAAGUCUGUGUUAAAAAAUAACGUGUCAUCACUCUACGUUGCUGGCCAACAACAGCUUUCGUUAGCUAUGCUACUAUGCCACCUAAGAUCACUAAACUUUGAUGCUUUUACAGCUUGGUAGGAAUGCUACACAAAGAAAUUCAACUUCUAAGAGUGUUAUCUUAAAAUUUCAGACCAGUACACAGUGUUUAAAGUCAUAACUUAGAGCCCGAGAGGCAGCUACAAUGAUAAGUCUUUAUUUCCUGAAGUCAAACGACUUAAGUCCUCAUGUUACAGCCUAAUUAUAUGGUGGAAUAGUCCUUUAUUCAGUCUUAAACACAUUCUGUUUUUACCUUACUCUGAGUGAGCCGGUAUACUUCAGGUUUCUUAAACAAGUUUUCAUCUCAGAUUGUGUUUCAUAACCUCCAGGUCUCUGAUGAUACCAUGAGACACCUUUUGUGACGUGAACGGCGCAGGGUUUGGGUGGUAGCCAGGUAUUGGGAGUGGUUAAGUUAGCGCAGAAACAGACACGAGCUGGACUUAAUGAGCUGUCUGGGAAUGUGAACAAAUAUUCAGAUUUGAAGUGAUGAGUUUGUGAUUGGUGUUUCUUAGUCAAAACCUUACAUUUUAGUGGUAGACUUAUGAUUAUGAAACUGUGUAUUAAAACAACAGGGUUAUCACAUCUGUUCUUAGGUUGCUUUUCAACAAGGUGACUGAUUUAAGUUGUAUUUACUACUUUUUUAGUUCUCUGAAUCUUAAUUUACUCAAGUGUUAUUAAUAUGGGCUGUCACAUUUUCACCUCAGGUAUAUCCUGGCCCCAAAAAAUUUGGGAUUAUGAUAUUGUGCAGGAAAUCUAGGGAAUAGAAAACCAGUCAAAUGAAGGAAAGACAGGACAAAGGUAGAGCAACACCUAACUAUGUAAACUUCACUAACAAAACCUUAAGGUCCUUACACACUGGGGCCCACGCAAAUAUAGAACGCAAAAAUUACUAAAAUACCAUGAGGCGAAUUUUGACGCUCCUGACUAUACACAUCAAGCCCGAUGCAAUUUUGCGACUUCCUGGGGGGGAACAGACGCUUCCCGGGGAAAGUCCCGCCUCUUCAGCCUCUGAUUGACCAAACAGUCAGCACUUAUAGCCAAUCAGAGGCGAUGAGAUAAGCACAUAAAACUAUGGUAACAACCGUUAGCACAGAUGAAAGUUAAAACAAAGACGUUUAGCAAACUGUUAAAGCACACAAACCAUCGUCAUAUGAGAGAUCCGACGCUAUGUUGUCCUUCAGGUCGUUAUCUUUGUAAUGUUUGUGUCUUUUUUCAAAAAGCACCCUGUUCUCCGACACGUAAACAAUCAGCCGGUCGGCCAUGUUGGAUAUACCGAAUCAGACAUCGCAACAACACGCAAUCUGAUUGGUCAGAAAUGGAUACACAGUAUGCGAAACUUAAGAAAAAUCAACCGUGAUCCGAAAAAAUAAGUGCCGCAAUAUCGCAGGAUGGGAAAACGUCGCUGAUGUGAACGCUUGUGUUGACAGGAUACGGGCUCGAAAAAAAUGUUGACGUCCGAAAUAAUCGCACGAAAAAAAACGGUCCUGGUGUGAAAGGACCUUUUAAGCAUGCUUGAAUUUUGAAAUGAAUCACAUGCUACUUCCUGUAGAUUGUCAUGUACUGUACUAAAUGAAAACCGGUAAGAAAAGAGUAAGAAAUUUUCAAUUGAACACCUAAAAUGACAAAGCUGCUCCUAAAUUCUUUAAACUCUGAUUCUUCAUUAGUUUCCCAGAAUUUAAGGAAACAAGGCUUUUACAUGGUCACAAUGUUUGGGUCUAUGUAUUCAUACUAUGUAGGGUUACGAGUAACAUUACAAAAGUCAUUCUUGGCCUCUAAUACUUAACAUUUAAAGGGGUUUUUAGAAAACGUUUCACUUCACAAGAGUUGCAUGUGCAAGUGGUACAACCAAAAGUGACAAACGAAUCAUAAUGAUGAUUAAAAUGUAAUGUAAUGAAGUGACAGUAAGAUCAAAGAGUAGCCUGCGGCAUACCACAAAGUAGCUGGUAUUAGGCUGGUAUUUGAAAACAGGUACCUGCCAGCAGUCCUCUGUCUGACACAAAGGGGCAGCACCAGCAGUUCAAAGGCGUUAGCUGGUGGUUCUGCAUCAUGUCUUUGGACAUAAGACUGGUAGCUGAGCCUCUUCAGAGAUUUUGCCACCGAUAAGCCACUUCCUGUUUUUUUGACUGUGGGUUAAGGUUAGAGAAGCCGUUCAUUGACAACAUUCUUCUAAAGAUGUGUUGUUUUUGUUGUGUUUUAGGCUACAAGAAGACCCUCCAGCCGGUGUCAGUGGUGCCCCAUCUGAGAAUAACAUCAUGGUGUGGAACGCUGUCAUAUUUGGGUAAGGUGCUUAAGACAUCAUCUUAAUGACGGCAAAUACAAUUGUAAACAUUAGGUACAAGAUUAAUGACCACUGAUUCUUUUUUUCCUCUAACAUCACAGCCCUGAAGGAACUCCUUUUGAAGAUGGUAAGAAUUGACUGUGUUUUCAGGUUCAUUUUUAUGUAGAAAGGUAUUCUCACUUGAUUUAAUUUUGUGUUGAAUUUGUGUAUCAAUGGACAUAACUUCAGUACAUCAGUAUUUUAAAUUGGUAGAAAAAAGAGCCACACCAUACCAUAAACACAUCCAGAUUCAGCAGCUUAUUUUUUGUGUGUCUUUUUCUCAAGGUACAUUUAAACUCAUUGUAGAGUUCACAGAAGAAUACCCCAACAAACCCCCCACAGUCCGAUUUGUGUCCAAAAUGUUUCAUCCGAAUGGUAAGAGUUUUCAGUAUCUUUAUGACCCUUUUAUAAUAUUAAAGCUGUGGGCAGUGUCUCAUUGUUUUUUCAUCCACAGUCUAUGCAGAUGGCAGUAUAUGUUUGGAUAUCCUACAAAACCGUUGGAGUCCCACCUACGAUGUCUCUUCAAUUCUCACAUCUAUCCAGGUAAGACUUGUCAAUGAACAGUUAGAAACGACGUGUGAGAAAUGCAUUAAAAUUUGAAGUUUACAGUGGUAAAAACAAUAGGAGUGAACCAAAGACACUGGAGAGCUUUGACUACCACAUAGUUGCUGACUUUGAGGUGAUAAAGACUAAAAUAAGUGACUAUACUGCCAAACGACAAGCUACGACAUAUAUUUUCUUUGAAUCAAAUUAAACAAUGUUGCAUAGUAGCUAUGAAUUGGUGGACAAAGAAGAAUUGGUUUAUGCAUUCUCACCUUAAGUGUUGUUCUUCUUUUUCUCAGUCUCUGCUUGAUGAGCCAAACCCCAACAGUCCAGCCAACAGUCAGGCAGCUCAGCUGUACCAGGAGAACAAGCGGGAGUAUGAGAAACGUGUGUCCGCCAUUGUAGAACAAAGCUGGAGAGACAGUUGACCUGACAAUCCUGGUAGCCUCGCUCUUCAUUGUCAAACUGUGUGUGCUGCAAGUUUUAGUGGAGUACCUCUUAAUUUUUGGGCCCCCUCCCACCUUUUUUGAUUUUAAGCUUUUAUGCACUUUACCCCCAACUUCCCUUCAUAGAAUGUUUUCUUUUUGCCCGCCAAGAGGGAUUUAUUUUUUCUAUCAUCCACUUUUUUUUUUUUCCAUUUCAGGGGAAAUGUGCUGAAUCUUGCCUUGUUGUUUUGUCAGUAUGGACUUGUGGGCCGUUACCCGAAAAUUCUGGUGUGUUCUAACUUGCUGUAGUAACUCCCCAUGACUAAUCAUGUGAAAUGUCUUGGAGGAUGUAUCGUCAUGGCUCCUUUUUCUGUUGUGCUCCGGUCCCUCUCUGUCAGUUUGUUCCCAUCAGGCAGUUUUUUCUGGGCUCUCCAUCACCCCACCUUUUCUGUGGAGAACGAGCAGCCCAAAGCACCACAGACUUGUACUAAAUCUGACAUCUUUACACUGUGUGUCUUGCUGUGUUGUGAACUCUGUUACAUGCAUGACAGAAAGAGUGUAUUCACGUUCCUGUUCAGUACUCAUGUAUAUAAGAAAACCUGCAACUGAAUUUAUGUACAGAUUUUGCACUGGUUGUCUCCCAUGUCAUUUUUUUCAGCACUUGUAAAUAAAACAAAAAAGGCAAAUUCAUCCUUUA